AUGCCACCACGGAAAUCGACCUCCUCAGUGACGCCAGCCGACCCAGAUGACUCCCUUCUCCAGUCACCGCCAGCACAGCAAACAGAUAAACCCAUCUUCGCGACGGAGCAGCAGUUGAAGGCGCGGGCGGAGGCUGGUGUCAGCGUUGAGGAUUACCUCCUCCCACGAUCAUUGACAAUCCGUCUCGCAAAGGCCGUCCUCCCGCCCAACACGACCAUCCAGAAAGAUGCCGUACUAGCAAUGCAAAAGGCGGCAACGGUCUUUGUUUCGUAUCUGUCCUCACACGCCAACGACGCAACCCUCAAGCGAACGAUCGCCCCGUCAGAUGUCUUCAACGCCCUCUCGGAGCUAGAACUCGAUUCCUUCCGCGGCCGUCUCGAGCAGGAAUUAGAAGCCUACACUGAUAUCAAAGCUGGCAAACGCAAGCCUAAGAAGACUGAGAAUGGCGCUGUACCGGGUAGCGAAGCUGAUGUCUCUGGGAUUGCCGUUGGCGAUGGUGAUGGUGAUGGCGAUGUGGAGAUGACUGAUAACCCCGCUAAGAGGAUGAAGCGUGAUGAGGAAGGGGGUGCUGCACCUGGAGUUGACGCGGGUGCUGGUACUGGCGCAGAUGCAGGGGACGAGACGCAGGAGGAGGAGCUUGAAGAGGAAGAUGAAGAGGACGAGGAAGAUGAGGAGGAGGAAGAGGAGGAAGGGGAGGGCGAGGCGCGUCCUAGGCCCGAGGAUGAUCUUGAGGUUGUUGAGGAUCUUGAUCGUGAGCCUGGAGCUAGGAAGGGGCCUUUUGACCCUGACGCCGAGGAUACGGAUGAGGACGAGGAUGGACCUGGUAGUCAGUUGCGGGAUAAUCUUGGGCUUGGCUAA